ACGAAGUUGGCUGCAGUCUUUCGAUACUGCUCUCCCUUCCGGUUCGUUCUUUCGGGGAGAGUGAGUCUUGUUUAGUUUAGCUGUAAUUAAAUUUUUCUCCAUCUUCCAACAUGAAGAUUUACAAGGAUAUUUUUACUGGUGAUGAAAUGUUUUCUGAUACCUACAAAAUAAAGUUGAUUGAUAAUGUUGUAUAUGAAGUAUAUGGCAAGGUAGUCACUCGUAAAUCAGGUGACAUCGAUAUUGCUGGAUUCAACCCAUCUGCUGAAGAAGCUGAUGAAGGAACAGAAGAAACGGUGGAAUCCGGUGUGGAUGUAGUUAUGAAUCAUCGGCUGCAAGAAACUUUUGCAUUUACAGACAAAAAAUCCUAUACCUUGUACUUGAAGGAUUAUAUGAAAAAAUUGGUAGCAAAAUUGGAAGAGGAAUCCCCUGAUCAAGUGGAAGUUUUCAAAACAAACACAAAUAAAGUAAUGAAAGAAAUAUUAAGUCGUUUUAAAGACCUACAAUUUUUCACUGGCGAAUCUAUGGAUAUCGAUGGUAUUGUCGCAUUAAUGGAAUACCGCGAGAUUGACGGUGAAUCUGUGCCUGUACUCAUGUUAUUCAAGCAUGGUCUUGAGGAACAAAAGUUCUAAAUAAUUUUAGGUAUCGAAGAAAUUGUGGGAAAAAAUAUUAUAAACUCAAACGAAGACUGUACACACGCUGAAAAGCUUGUGAAAUUUAGUUAAAAGGAAAACACGAUUUUACUUCCAAUUUCAUUUUAUAAUGCAGUUAACUUAUUCGUUUCAACAACAAUCAAUGACUCGAAGUCUCACAGGAGUUAAUAAUUGUACAUAUGACUUUACCGAAGGGAAGAUAUACGAGACAUACAAUUUCUUCGAUUGUAUUAUCUGGGUCUGAUUUCCCUGUAGACUUGUAAUAUUUUCUACUUUUUUUAUUGGUCACUUAUUAGAGAAUUUAAUUUAUGAUACAAAAAUGGAAGAUGGGGAAAGAAGUUUGCAGCAAUUAAAAUAUCAAAACAUACGUCUAAUUAUUGUUAACACAAAAAGAAAUGUCCUUGGAUAACAAUUAAAUCUGAAACAUACUCUGUAUAAUGUCCAUCAAAUAAAAAGGUGUUUUCAUAAGUACUGCUUA